AUGGCAUCCAGAGAUCUUCCAAAGUCCUUCUCGGACGCCGUCAUCGGCUGGGUUCCUCGUGCUAAGAAGGAAAUCACUUGGGCCAAAACCACAAAUGAGACUGACCCGGAACUGACUUCGGUGGGUUCUCUUUCAGGCCGUGCUCCAUACGUCCCUACUCAGAUCGUUGAGACUGAGUCGUCAGUCAAAGCCAAAAAUCUGUGGCCUAUUUUCACAGCUGGUGCAGGUCUUUUUUCUGAUGGUUAUGUUAAUAACUCGAUUUCCACAGCCUCAACCUGUCUGUCCCUGCUAUAUGGUGCCGAAUACAAGAAAUCCAGAGCCAUCAACAAUGUCAGCUCUAUCGCCUUUGCUGGUACCGUGCUGGGCCAACUCACCUUCGGUGUUUUGUCCGAUUACAUGUCGCGUAAGACGGGAAUGCUCAUUUCCUCGGCGAUUUUGAUUGUAUUCGCCAUUCUAUGUUCAGGUUCCUGGGGAGCCGGUGGUUCCGCCGGCGGAUUGUUUGCAGCCCUCACUGCCUACCGUUUCUUCCUUGGUGUUGGUAUCGGAGCAGAGUACCCUACUGGUUCGGCUGCCUGUGCCGAGGCAUCUGCCCUCUUGCCAGCUGGUCACAGAAACAGAUAUUUUGCUUGGUUCACUAACUUCAUGAUUGACAUGGGAUUCGUGGUUUCUGCGUUCGUUCCAAUGGUGAUGCUGUGGAUCUGCGGUCCCAACCAUCUGACUCCCGUCUGGAGAGUCACUCUUGGUCUCGGUGCCAUUCCACCACUGUCUCUUUUCUUGAUGCGUCUUAAAUUCAAGGAAGGUGAAGCUUUCACUAAGACUAACUUCAAGGGAGUCAGGGUUCCUUACGGAGCCAUCAUCAAGUUCUACUGGUUUAGACUCAUCAUCGUUGCUGUUAUCUGGUGGAUCUAUGAUUUCUCCGUCUAUGCCUUUGGUAUCUACUCUUCCACCAUUCUUGCUGAAAUUAUUCCAGAUGGUGAUCUGUACAAGACUUUUGGAUGGAACGUGGUUAUCAACCUUUUCUACAUUCCAGGUGCCUUUUUGGGUGCUCUGGCAGCUGACUACAUCGGACCCAGACUGUGUCUAGCCGUUGGUGUUUUCCUGCAGGCCAUUAUCGGGUAUAUCAUGGCUGGGUGCCUUGAAAGUCUCAAGAAACACAUUGCUGGUUUUGUUGUUGUCUAUGGUAUUUUCUUGACCUUCGGUGAGUUCGGUCCAGGUGACAACAUUGGACUGUUGGCUUCCAAGACAUCGGCUACCCCCAUCAGAGGUCAAUACUACGGUAUUGCUGCUGCCACCGGUAAGAUCGGUGCCUUCGUUGGAACUUACCUGUUCCCAAUCAUUGAAGCAGAUGCUGGUGGAGCUGAUACUACUCCUGGUUUGCAAGCUCCAUUUUGGACUGCCUCUACCCUGGCCAUUUUCGCCGGUGUCUUGGCUCUUUUCUUUCUUCCAGCUGUGGACCAGGAUGCCAUGGCUGCCGAAGACGUCAAAUUCUUAGAGUAUCUUGCUUCCACUGGUUUUGACAUCAGUCAGCUCGGAGAUGGCUCUUUGGCCAGCCAGAUCAACAACUCUGCUGAGACUGCUCAGACCGAUGAAAAAGAGGAAGUUGUUGAGGUUUCUCCAGAGUACUCCGAUAAGAAGUGA